AUGUCUUACCUUACUCCAUCUUUACCAUCUUUUUUGGUGCUUUCUUUCUUUUUUGCUUUCACGCUUUCCCCUUUUUUGGUCUUCUUCUUCUUUCAUGUCUUGUCUUACCUUACUCCAUCUUUACCAUCUUUAAAAUUGCGUGCUUUCUUUUUUUUUUUGCUUUCACGCUUUCUUUUUUUUUGUUUCUUCAAGACAUGUCAUGUUUUACCUUACUCCAUCUUUACCAUCUUUUUGGCUUUCUUUUUUUUUUUGCUUUCACGCUUUCUUUUUGCUUUUUGGUCUUCUUCUUCUUUCCAUGUCAUGUCUUCUUCUUCUUUCCAUGUCAUGUUUCCUCCAUCUUUACCAUCUUUAAAAUUGCGUCUUUCUUUCUUUUUUUGCUUUCACGCUUUCCUUCUUGCUUUUUGGUCUUCUUCUUCUUUCCAUGUCAUGUCUUACCUUCCAUUUUUACCAUCUUUAAAAUUGCGUGCUUUUCUUUCUUUUUUGCUUUCACGCUUUCCUUCUUGCUUUUUGGUGGAUAUCUUCUUUCCAUGUCAUGUCUUGCCUCCAUUUUUUUACCAUCUUUUAAAAUUGCGUGCUUUCUUUCUUUUUUUUCUUUCUUUCCUUCUUGCUUUUUGUCUUCUUCUUCUUUUCCAUGUCAUACCUUACUCCAUCUUUACCAUCUUUAAAAUUGCGUGCUUUCUUUCUUUUUGCUUUCACGCUUUCCUUCUUCUGCUUUUUGGUCUUCUUCUUCUUUCCAUGUCAUGUCUUACCUUACCUCCAUCUUUACCAUCUUUAAAAUUGAACUUUCUUUUUUUUGCUUUGCUUUCCUUUUGCUUUUGGUCUUCUUCUUCUUUCACAUACUCCAUCUUUUCUUGCUUUCUUUCUUUUUUAUUUCACGCUUUCCUUCUUGCUUUUUGGUCUUCUUCUUCUUUCCAUGUCAUGUCUUACCUUACUCCAUCUUUACCAUCUUUAAAAUUGCGUGCUUUCUUUCUUUUUUGCUUUCACGCUUUCCUUCUUGCUUUUUGGUCUUCUUCUUCUUUCCAUGUCAUGUCUUCCUUUCCAUCUUUACCAUCUUUAAAAUUGCGUGCUUUCUUUCUUUUUUGCUUUCACGCUUUCCUUCUUGCUUUUUGGUCUUCUUCUUCUUUCCAUGUCAUGUCUUACCUUACUCCAUCUUUACCAUCUUUAAAAUUGCGUGCUUUCUUUCUUUUUUGCUUUCACGCUUUCUUUCUUGCUUUUUGGUCUUCUUCUUCUUUCCAUGUCAUGUCUUACCUUACUCCAUCUUUACCAUCUUUAAAAUUGCGUGCUUUCUUUCUUUUUUGCUUUCACGCUUUCUUUCUUGCUUUUUGGUCUUCUUCUUCUUCUGGCAAUGUUCAUCAUUGCUUUUCUUUGGCCUUGUUUGUCUUCUUUCUUUCUUUCUUUUUUUCUUUUGAUAACGUAAGGCAGAUAACUCUUCCUUAUCUUUCCUUUCCUUUUUCCAUCACGUUUACUCUCACAAUCAUUUUCCCUCGUUCUCUCUCUCUCUUUUUCUCAUACGCUUCUUGUUUUCUUUCUUUUUUCUUCUCUAUUUCUUUUUAG